AAGAUUCCUUCUCUCUCCUCUCUCCCCCAAAUCCGAGCCACCCACUCCCCCCCGCCCCCCUCCUCUCCCCGGCAGCCCUCCGCGAGAAGCUCCGCUCCCCAGCACUUUUUGGGCCCGAGAUAUGGCAAUGGUAGUUAGCAGCUGGCGAGAUCCGCAGGAAGACGUGGCCGGGGGCAACCCGAGCGGCCCCAACCCAGCAGCUCAGCCGGCCCGGGAUCAGCAGCAGCAAGCGGCCUCGGCGGCCCCGCACACCCCGCAGACCCCUAGCCAGCCGGGACCCCCUUCCACCCCGGGCACGGCCGGGGACAAGGGCCAGGGCCAGCAGGGCUCGGGCCAGAGCCAGCAGCACAUCGAGUGCGUGGUUUGCGGGGACAAAUCCAGCGGCAAACACUACGGCCAAUUCACCUGCGAGGGCUGCAAAAGUUUCUUCAAGAGGAGCGUCCGCAGGAACUUAACUUACACAUGUCGUGCCAACAGGAACUGUCCCAUCGACCAACACCACCGCAACCAGUGCCAGUACUGCCGCCUCAAGAAGUGCCUCAAAGUGGGCAUGAGGCGGGAAGCGGUUCAGCGAGGAAGAAUGCCUCCAACCCAGCCGAACCCAGGCCAGUACGCGCUGACCAACGGGGACCCUCUGAACGGCCACUGCUAUCUGUCGGGAUACAUCUCGCUGCUGCUGCGGGCCGAGCCCUACCCGACCUCGCGCUACGGCAGCCAGUGCAUGCAGCCCAACAACAUCAUGGGCAUCGAGAACAUCUGCGAGCUGGCCGCCCGCCUGCUCUUCAGCGCCGUCGAGUGGGCCCGCAACAUCCCCUUCUUCCCCGACCUGCAGAUCACCGACCAGGUGGCCCUGCUACGGCUCACUUGGAGCGAGCUGUUUGUGCUCAACGCGGCGCAGUGCUCCAUGCCCCUGCAUGUGGCCCCUCUGCUGGCCGCCGCCGGCCUGCACGCCUCGCCCAUGUCCGCCGACCGGGUGGUGGCCUUCAUGGACCACAUCCGCAUCUUCCAGGAGCAGGUGGAGAAGCUCAAGGCCCUGCACGUCGACUCGGCGGAGUACAGCUGCCUCAAAGCCAUCGUCCUCUUCACAUCAGAUGCCUGUGGCCUGUCAGAUGCUGCCCAUAUCGAGAGCCUGCAAGAGAAAUCUCAAUGCGCCCUGGAGGAAUAUGUGAGGAGCCAGUACCCCAACCAGCCGAGUCGCUUCGGCAAACUGCUCCUGAGGCUGCCUUCCCUGCGCACCGUCUCAUCCUCAGUCAUCGAGCAGCUCUUCUUCGUCCGCUUGGUAGGUAAAACCCCCAUUGAAACCCUCAUCAGAGAUAUGUUACUAUCUGGGAGCAGCUUCAACUGGCCUUACAUGUCUAUCCAGUGUUCCUAGAGCACAGCCAACACCCCCAUAGAGACACUGAGGACCAACACAAACAGAAAUAUAAGAACCGAGUAAAGUUGGGGUGCAGAGAGGGGGGGAAAGCAGACAAUAAACAAAAAAAAA